GACAACAUGGCAGGCAUGCGGCAGACUCCGUUGACUUGCAGUGGUCAUACGCGCCCAGUUGUACAUCUUGCUUUUAGCGAUAUAACCUCAUACGGUUAUUUUCUAAUUAGUGCUUGUAAAGAUGGCAAGCCCAUGCUAAGACAAGGUGACACGGGAGAUUGGAUUGGCACGUUUGUGGGUCACAAAGGAGCUGUGUGGGGAGCGACACUGAACAAGGAUGCAACAGUGGCAGCUACUGGUGCUGCCGACUUCACAGCGAAGCUCUGGAAUGCAGAGAAGGGAGAAGAGCUGCACACGUUUCCACACAAACACAUUGUCAAGUGUGUCGACUUCUCCUCGGACAGUAGCGUUCUGCUUACAGGCUGUCACGACAAAAAUCUCAGAAUCUUCGAUAUUUCUAAGCCAGAACAAGAGCCUCAGGUGUUCAGUGGUCAUGCUUCAAACAUCCGAGCUGCUUUAUUUAUGAAAAAUGACAAGUCUUUCAUUAGCAUUUCCGAUGACAAAAGCAUACGAAUAUGGGAUACUGCCAGCAAUUCAGAGGUGAAGAAAAUAGAAAUUCCCUCUCAACCAACUAGCCUAGAACUGGCACGAGAUGGUACUGUUUUUGUAGUGACAUAUGGAAACACAACGUCUUUUUGGAAUGCUCAAACGUUUGAGAAAAUAAAGGAUUUUGAAUCUCACUUGCCAAUAAAUUCCUCAUCCCUGCAUCCGUCACAGCCUAUAUUCGUGUCUGGGGGAGAAGACUUCAAGAUGUAUAAAUUUGACUUUGAUACUGGAGCAGAAAUAGAAUCUUUCAAAGGUCACUUUGGACCAGUGCACUGUGUUAGGUUUUCUCCAGACGGCGAGCUGUAUGCUAGUGGAAGUGAGGAUGGCACGCUCCGUCUGUGGCAAACUCAAGUCGGCAAGACGUACGGUUUAUGGAAGUGUGUGAAUCCUGAAGAAAACGGUCUAUCCAAUUCAGACCCCAAUAUUUCCACAGUCAAAGUAGAAACAUAAUUCAACGAAACGUAGACGAAAAUACAAUUUGCUGUGACCCAACCACCCAAUCAAUCAAACAAACAUUUGCAUUGAUUUGCCUUUCAGACUGAGUCUAGAACAGUCCUGAGUUUACAGCCUUAUUUCUAACAGUCUUUUUAAUGAUGAAAACUACACAUUAAGCCUAAAAAAAUAUGUUUCAGGUUUUAUCCUUUAAAAAAAAUAGGGUAGGUGGGAACUCUUUUUUUUUCUUUUUUUUAAAAAUCUAGUCAAUGCAAGAAACCGUAAUCGGCCACGGUGUUCCAAAUCUAUAGUCCGUCCCAUCCUUGUAUAUAAAUGUUUUUUUGUAAAUAAUUUUGGUUUGUUUUGACAUAAGAAGAAAAGUAAAAGUGUGUUGGAAAUAACAAAAAACAAAACAUUUUGUGUGCAAAUUAAAAAAUACUCGUUUUAGAAAUAAAUAAAACUGUAAUACAUGCCAUAGUAAGAAAACAAUGCUUACGGCAUUAUGGAUGCCAUUUUGGUUUAUAGACUGGUGUAGUCUUGAUACGAGAUAACUCUAUUCGAUGAAUUUCACUACAGAUGGAGCACAAAGAAAAUAAUCAGAGUUCUCGCAAUAGUUUUAUUUUUGUUUAAUACUGAAUGAUAAUGGUAUAUUUACUUGGGCUACUAAACAUCGCAUUGCAAUAUGGAAAAUUGCAAAGUUGCAAGAAUUUGACAUCAUAGAUAUGGUUACAAUUUCUCAAAGUUAUCUUAGAACUAUGAUAAAACUGUUGUAGGCUAUGGUGUCACUAUGACAAAUGUCAUAGCCUACAAGGGUUUUAUGAACUAGUAGGGCUAAGAUAGCUUAAAAAAUAUUGGCCCUUGAUCUGAAUUCACUAAACUCUUCUAACUUUACGAUCUCACUGUGCUGUGCGAAAGUACUUGUAAUGAUGAUGCAUUUGUAACUUUAGAGAGCUUCGUGAAUUGGGCCUCUGGUUGCAUAAAAUACAUUUUAGUAUGUAGAUCAGCUGGCUAUGCUAGUAUGCCUUUAAUUGUUGGUCUUUUUUUUCUUUUAAUUUUUUUUUUUUUAAUACAAAAUAAAAUGCCCACCGAGUGAUUAACUAAUAAGAAUGGUAGGUUGGGUUACAGCAAAUAGUUUUUCUUGGUGCAUAUUCCGCUUACAGCAUUAAGGUAUUUCUAUCUGGUUAAAACUAUACAUUCUUAUGUUUUUGGUAGGCCUACGGUCGACGGCAGUCACUUUUCACACCCUUGUUUUGGUUUCAUACACAAUAAAUAAAACAUAUCCAAUGGUAAUGUUUUGACACGAUAUAUUUGACCACGGUACUUUUUAUUUCUUUCAUCUUUUAAAACUUAAACAUAAUAUUUUGUUCAGAAUUAUGAAACAAAAUAUAUAUACCGACAUGUAAACAGUGUUGUCUGUUUGUUAUGGUUAGUAGACCAGUUUUUAUUUGAAUGUGGUGAAGCAUUGUAAUAAUAUAGCUAAUUUUGAAUUUGAAUGACGUUAGUAUUCCAGUGACUUCACUUUGUAUGUCAUUACAAUAACUAUAAACUGAAUACAUGAAGUUUCCAUUUUAAGAAUACUGGAAAAAUUCCAAUGCAAAAUUGUUAUUGAAAUUGUUUUGUUUUAACAUUACUAAUGCACCUGAAUGUGUUUGAAGAAAAUCUUGUGAUUAAAAAAUUGUACCUUUUACGAAAUACAGAUUUCAAGUGAAACUACAAUAAGAUAUGUUAUAUUUAUUGUGUAUGAAGCCAAAACAAGGGUGCAAAAAGUGACUCGUCCACUUUAGGCAAGGGUGCAUUGAUCAGACUUGUGGUUGCCCAAAUUGGAUUAUACUGGGUCUUUAUGAGUAGCUUUUAGAACUACUCUGUUGAAUUGUUAUGCUGUUUUUGGCCAUUCGAGACGGAUCACAAACUGAAGCAUUUUAUUUAUUUGUUUUUAGAUACGAAUUAUGAUCUGAAAAGUUAGUAUUGAGAAUGGCAGAUGAAUUUGUAGCAGAUUUUGCUCUCAGAAAUAAGGUUUUAGCUACGAAUACCUCAGUGUUUUAAGAAGAUGAAGUAUGUACAUGUAUUAAUUAUGGGUGGGAAUUCUCCUUGGAUCUACUGUUUCCUUUCAUGGAACAUUGCGUUUCCUCGCAUUUUAAUGGUCCUUUCCUCCAAAACGUGUCAGAUGGCACAGAUUCUAACCUAGAAUUUCAAGAAUUUCCGGGACCCCUCUAGAUUUCCUCUUUUUUACAGUUCACCGAUUCCCACCCCUAAUCAAUAUUGUUAAGAUCAACCAGGUUGGUUAUUAAGUCUAGAUCAAAUUUAUUUCAUUGUAUCCAAACAUGGGACAUUAUCAGUUACACUUCUUGCUCCAAUGUAAGUUAAAAUAGGAGCAAACAAUAAAACAUCUGUGCUCCUGUGUCUGCAUUUAUUUAUUUUUGUUAACAAGAGAUUUUUGUUGAUAGUAUGCCGGGUGUUAUUCUGAGUUUUUUAAAACCAUGUUCACCUAUUGUAUUGUUUCUGAUGCUGGUUCACCAGUGUAUAAUGUAUUGAGCCGGUUAUGUAAAGAAAUGGUUGUGGUGAUAUUGUAUUUGUCUUUGUUAAAGCUGAAGUCCUAUAACAUUGUUUACUAGGGAUGCACAGUAUAAAUGGUGUACCAAUGUAAUUAUAAGUCACAUGGUAAAUAAUAAUGUUUUUCGAUACACCUUCCUGUUCCGAUACCCAUAGUCAUUUCUGUUUUUAGUUCCCUACCAGUCCAAAUGGAGGGGACUAUAGGUUUCGUCUCCAUACAUGUGGACCAGCCUCGGUGGCAUCGUGGUAGGCCAUCGGUCUACAGGCUGGUAGGUACUGGGUUCGGAUCCCAGUCAAGACAUGGGAUUUU